GCAAAAACCCACGCAGAGAGCUUACAUCGACGAGGGUACCACGAUCUACAUUAUUGCGCCCACCACCGCUGCACAUCGAUCCUAUUCGGACCUACCCUAUACGACUACUGUGAAGAAGAACAGGGAACGGGAACAGCUUUGCGCAGGUACGGAGUACAGUACAGUCAGACACGACAGGGAGACACAGACGACACAGAGGUACCGACUACAGAACGUACAGACGCUACAUCGGCUUUUCUUUGAUUGACACAGAUUGAUUGCUGCUCUCCCACCGCCACUUCCACUUCCCACCUCUAUCUCUCGCUCCUUCCCCAUCCCGCCCAUAUCGCCUCCUCGAGAGCUGGCGAGACCACGGGAACCCUAAGAGACCCGAGAGCGAGAGAGCUCCAGCACAGCGUGCACGUGUACCGUGUAACCCCAAGAACCGGGCACCCACCCGAGGAGCCAGCGAGCCCAUAACUACAGCCGAUCCACGCCACGAACGUGACUGAGCAGCCCCCUCCUGCCAGCACCCAGUCCCCACGAAACACGCUCCCAGACCAACACAGCAACACGCACCAAACACCCGCGCAAGCCCGCCGACGAACCAAUCCGCCACACGGCCCUUAGAUGCGCCCCCCAUGGCGAAGCCCCUCUCGGAGCCCGCCCACGCCCCGGGCGGCGUACAAAAUGGCGCCCGGCCCCCCGCCGCUGCCGCGGGGAACUCGUCCCGUGGACUCCUCCCUCAGCGCCGCGCCACCUCGUCGAGUCCACUGACGAAAUUGCUCGCCCCGACGUACGAGGUGGACGAGACGACGGCGGAUGGUGCUGUGAACGCCGACGCUGCGGUAGGGGACGACGCGCUGCUGAAUAGGGCGCAACGGGAACACUUGCCGAGAGAAACGAAAGAUAUGGCGGCGCAGACGAUGCGCCCGCUCUCGCUGCCGCAACAGGCGGCGAGGUAUAAUUUACAUGAUAUGAAUAUUAGCAGCGUUAACGCGCUGCUGCACGACCACCGCGCCUUCAUGCGCGUGCGCGGCAACUCGCUGGAGCGCACCUCGCGCGAGAAGAUGGGCACCACCACGGCGAGCUUAGCGCAGCGAGACGUCAGCGGAGGUGCAAUGACGAACCCAGGCGACACGGGGUAUACGUAUACGCGACCCGCUACCGACGGCGAGGGGAUCGCGCCGGGGGACAUCUCGGAGCGCCCGCCGACGGAGGGGUUUAGAGCCGAUUACCGCAGCUGGAGGGAUGGGCAGAGGAUGCCAGGCGCGGGAAUGGCGUGGAGUAUUGGCGAUGAGGCGCUCAGUCCGGGAGAGGAUGGGCAGGUGGAGAAGUCGAUUACGCAGGCGCUGGCGGGGGAGACGCAUAAUAGUCGCAGUCGGAAGUCGAGUCAUAGUGUGAGGUUGUUUAAGGAGGGGUUGCCGGAUGAGACGGCGAGGAGGAGUCGGUUGAGGGAUGAGAAGGGGGCGGCUGGGGAGGGUGCUGGGGAGGCGCAGACGAAGGGGGAGGAGAAGUUGUCUCCUAUUGCUGGGUCUAUUGAGCAGACUCCUGCGGAGGAUGUGUCGGACAGCUAUUUUGAUUUACCGGUAGCUGAACCGACGAGCACCACGCCACCGACCUCGCGGCAUCACGCUGUCGCAGGGAGGAUGAGCAGAGCGAACACAACCAGGAAAUCCGACGAGCCACCGCGGCGACCAGAGCGACAAAACACACUCCCCGCACAACUCCUCGACGACCUCCGCAGCCGCCACAACCUCACCCCCGCCGCCACCAAAGGCUCCUCCUUCUCCAACAGCAUCCCCCUCACCGACUCCGAGCGCCAAUCCACCGCCGAUCUGAGCAUCAGCGUGCCCUCCGACGACAGCACGGCGCCGGCCACCUCGGGCGACGAGAAGCCGCGCAUCGAGUCGCCGAACUCGGACGAGGAGUCCAGCGAGGAGAAGAUCUCGUCCGCGCUGUUUGUGCCGCAUCAGUCGUCGCGAGAGCCGGGGGAUGAGUCUCCGCAUAAUACGCCGCCGUGUCGGGAGCCGUUGAAGGAUCGCAGAGAGAGGGGAUUGGAGGAGGAGCAGUGGCUGGUGGAGCAUGAGGUUGCGCCGCAUGAGGUGGUGGAGCAGGAUGUUACGCCGGCGAAUUUGUCGCCGGAGCUUGUGAGUCCGAAGUCAAGGUCGGCGUCGGGAUUCUUCUCGCAGACGUCGAGUAAUAGGCUUAGUUCUAGCGAUGCUAGUUAUCCGUCUGCGGAGGGUGAGGAACAGGUUCCUGUCACGCAGGAGCAGGGUGAGGAUGUCGAUAUUACUUCCACGGAGCGGAGGCCGUCAUUGCAAGAGUACACUGUGAAGACGCGCGAGCGCGCACCGACACAGGACUCGGCGCAGCAGCAGCCGAGCCCCAAGGCGGCCGGGCCGCUCGAGGCUAUCGAGCUCAUCCCAUAUAAACACCAAGUCGGCGGCCACACGACGCUCUGGCGCUUCUCGAAGCGCGCGGUGUGUAAACAGUUGAAUAAUCGCGAGAAUCAGUUUUACGAGACGGUUGAGCAUUAUCAUCCUGCGCUGUUGAAGUUCAUGCCGAGGUACAUCGGCGUCCUAAACGUCACCUUCGAGAAACAACUCAAGCGCAAACCAACCAUCAAAAACGCCGGCGCCGCCGAGCUCAGCGCCGCCAAAGCAACAGCCUCCCAGAACGGCACCUUACCCUCUCUCGGCGACACAAACGGCAUUCGUCCCCGCGUCAUCAGUCAGUCCCUCGCCACCGGCCCCAUCGCGACGCCUACAGUCACCUUUGCGGAUAACCGCCACAUCAUCCCCAAGAGCUUCAUGCAAGGCGGCCCCAUCCCGGUCACCGAGACGCCGUAUAAAUCCCUCUCCGACUCCAACAUCCACGUCUCCCCCGACCACAAGCCGGGCCGCGGCACCUCGGAGCCUGUUAAUGGGGAGCGUCCGACGCUUUCGGAUCGCCAUGCUGUCAGCUGGGGCGCGACGACGGUGAAUCGCAAACUCCGCUAUGAGGUCUUUGGCGAGGCGUUCCUGCGACAGCCGGUGCAGGUGCAGCCGCAUAAGAAGCCGGGACAGCAUCACCUACGCCGUGAUUUGGCGCAUAGAGCCGUGCCGCCGGUGUUGAGGGCUACGACGUCGGAUUCGAAUUUGAAUCUGGGAGGGAGGGAGGGGGAGGAGGAUGUGUCGCUGAGGAUGCAGGCUAUUAAGGCGGCGGCGUUGAGGAGGGGCGGGGUGGAUGGGGGGAGUCCGACGAAGAUGGGGAGGGGGGUUGCUAUUCCGACCGCUCCUGGAGGGGGUGCUGGCGGUGCCCACGGUGAGGCCGUUGCGGAGGCGAGGAAGGGGGAGAAUGGCGUAUUGAGCGAUGAAGAGGAGUUCGCGGAGCAGAUUGGCACGAGUGCUCCUGAAGCAGAAACGGUCGCCCCUGUCGAGACACCGAAGGGGAAGAAGAAGAGACGGUAUAGCAGUGGUGGACUUCGCCGCAAGCCGGAGGAGGGGGGACAGGACAGGGGGAGUCUGAAGUACUUCGCUGAGGCGGAUGAUCCGGGGUAUACUGGUGAUGCGGAGGAGGAUGUGUUUGCUAUGGACCCGGAUGUGGUCAUACCCGCUACGCUGCAGACGACGACUUCUCUUCCGACGCUGCCGAUUAUUCAGGACCCACCCCACCACAUGAUCGUCGAACAUCCGGUUGAUACAGAUAUUAUUCCUACUGCCACCGAUGCCCCUACCCCACCACCACUCCCUGUCCUUCCGCGCCCCGCAAACCCGAAGGAGGCGCAGACGCAGACGCAGCCGGAUUCCCGCGUGGAGUAUUUCCUGCUUCUGGAAGACCUAACAGCGGGGAUGCGGAGACCGUGCAUCAUGGACCUAAAAAUGGGCACCCGCCAAUACGGCGUCGACGCCGACUCCGCCAAGCAAGCCUCCCAGCGCCGCAAAUGCGCUGCUACGACCUCCCGCGCGCUCGGUGUGCGGGUGUGCGGCUUGCAGGUGUGGGAUCGUGAGAGCCAGGGGUAUAUAUUCCAAGACAAGUAUUACGGUCGGGAUCUCACCGAGGGAGAGGGGUUUAGGGGCGCGUUGAGACGGUUUUUGUGGGAUGGAAAGAGGGGGGGGGAGGAGGAGCUGAGGAGGAGGGUGAGGAGGCUUGUGGAAAGGAUUGGGAGGUUGGAGGUGCUGAUUGGGGGGUUGGAGGGGUAUAGGUUCUAUGCGGCGAGCUUGUUGAUGUUUUAUGACGGGGCUAGUGAGGAGGAGAUUGUUGCUUCUACCGCCACCGCAGCCGCCGCCGCAACUGCUGCUGCGAAUGGCGCACCACCACCUCCACCAACCGUUGACCCCGACCAACCCCCCCGAAGAGGUCGCGAUAUAGACUUUAAGAUAGCGGAUUUCGCAAACUGCGUCACGGCGGAGAAUGGAGGGGUUGGGGGGGGGUGGGGAGGAGGUGUCCGCCGAGGCAUCCGGGGGAGCCGGAUAGAGGGUUUUUGA